AUGUACAAACACAAAGAGCUUUUCGACGCUGUCAUAGCGACAGCAGCGGUGUUGUCUCCUUCGAUUCUCUUCGAGCGAUUCAUUCGCGAAGUGCGAGACAAUCGAACAAAAAAUAACAACGGCCAAGCAGCAAGCUCCCUCCUUAGCUGUGAAACAACAAUUGUCUGUCCACAUAUUUUCCUGGGUCUUCCACACCAAAUCGGCGCCUGUGGCGUCCACUAACUAAAAGCAGUUCAAAGUAUAAGCAUAAGCUUAUUCAUUUUUAUAUUCCGUGUGCCGUGAACUGUGCAAGGACGAUGUUGAAUCAUUGCGUCUAAAAGAAGGAGAAACUAUUAUCUAGUCCAGGACAUAAAAUGUGUCUCAGUGCCCUGUCCGAAAAGUGGCUCUGCUGCUGCCGCAAGAAAAAGCGAGGUGGCUUGAAUGAGGCCUCCUAUUACGAAUAUACGGAUCCACAACCAAAGUACUACAACGACCAGAUCGGGCAAUUGAGCGAGGGGCUCAGCUUCACCGUUUCCGGAAGGCUGCCGGUAAACUGCGAGCGAUUUUCCAUCAAUCUCGUUCGCAACAACGAAUCGAGGGAUGUGGCUCUGCACGUCAACCCAAGAUUGCCCCAGAACUAUAUCGUUCGCAACACCAAAGUGGAGGAGAUAUGGGGCAGCGAGGAAGUCUCCUCGGCACUGCCCUUCCGCCUGUCCCGCGGGGAGAAGUUCUCCAUUCAAGUGCUCGUGACAAACCCUUGCUACAUGAUAUCGGUGAACGGUCAGCACUUUGCCGAGUACAAACAUCGAGUGCCCUACAAGGACGUCCGCAUUCUUGAGGUCAAGGGUGACGUGGAGGACGUGGAAAUGCAGCGGGCGCUGGUCAUGAAUUAUCCCCAACGCUUGCCGGAGUCGGAGCCAAAAAACAUAGAGCUGCACAUAGAUAAUGGGAUCGACGAGAUCGACGCAAGCGCUGAGGAGGCCGUCACCAUACCCCAGGAGUGGUGCCUUAUUGGCGCCCCGACCAAAAAGUUGGAGAGCUCCCCAAAGAGUGAUCACAGCACAAACGACCUUGGACUUACCUUGCCCUACUAUGGCGCGCUGCCGCCAAACUCGCUGGUCGAGGGGCGAUGCCUGAAGAUCGAGGGACGGGUGCGACUGCUGCCCCAUUCGUUCUACAUCAACCUGCAGCAGGGACAGGACAUAUGGCCACAUCCAGUAAUAGCAUUCCACUUAAACCCCCGCUUCUCGAAGGCCAGCAGCGGUGCCUUAGGAAAGGCCGUGGUGUGCCGUAAUGCCUGGUUCAACGGUGCCUGGGCCGAGGAGGAGCGUUCGGAGCUGGACACGAACUUCCGACCCGGUCGAACAUUCAUAUUGGUCAUCGUGUGUACCAAGGACUCGUUCGAGGUGUAUGUCAAUCGCCAGUUCAUCACGGAAUUCAAGUACAAGGUCAGCCCCGAGCUAGUCGACACUGUGUACAUCCAGGGCGACGUCAAGCUAUGGAAUGUGACGCUGGAGCAGAAUCCAGUGAUUAGGGGAAGGAAUGUGCGCAUUUAUCACAAUCCUUUGUGUUCUGAUACUGAGUACUAGUUGUGUCCAAAUUAUAGGGUCUAAAGUUAUGCUUGUUUUCUCAUUGAUAGGCGACAAUAAUACAAUAAGGUUUUUAUUCACUCGAAACGUUAACUGUAUAUUGUUGAAUUAAUAAUAGUGUAAUAUAAUCGUAUUACCAAUUAAAAUUAAAAGUAAAAUGGAAUUACCUA